AUGCCACCAAAGAAAGCAACGCAGACGGAAAACGAUAUGGAGGAGAUUCGUAAGGCACUGAACAGCAUGUCGGCGGAGCUGGCUAAGGUCGGAGGAGGUUUUUGUGUUUGGACAUUAAUUAUAAACAACCAGCUGCAGCUUCUGCUUCAGCAACGCCAUAUCUGGGUUAAUGCACACCUGCUCCACACGGCUCUGCUCAGACACCAGCUACAGACACCAGCAGCACAGACACCAGCUACAGACACCAGCAGCAGCUCUAUGUUCAGACACCAGCUACAGACACCAGCUACAGACACCAGCAGCACAGACACCAGCAUCACAGACGGUAUCAACACAGACACCAGCAGCACAGACACCAGCAUCACAGACAGCAUCAACACAGACACCAGCAUCACAGACAGCGUCAACACAGACACCAGCUACAGACACCAGCAGCACAGACACCAGCAUCACAGACAGCAUCAACACAGACACCAGCAUCACAGACAGCAUCAACACAGACACCAGCAGCACAGACACCAGCAGCACAGACACCAGCAUCACAGACACCAGCAGCACAGACAGCAUCAACACAGACACCAGCAUCACAGACAGCGUCAACACAGACACCAGCUACAGACACCAGCAGCACAGACACCAGCAGCACAGACACCAGCAUCACAGACAGCAUCAACAAAGACACCAGCGACAGACACCAGCAUCACAGACAGCAUCAACACAGACACCAGCAGCACAGACACCAGCAUCACAGACAGCAUCAACACAGACACCAGCAUCACAGACAGCCCCCAGCCUCCGCCACCAGCUCCAGCUCGGCGUCCUCUGAUGCGUGACCAGGCUCCAUCGCAUGCAGACAGACAGUACACCUGA